CAUUUAUUGCUUUUAGCAGGAUGUAAAAAAGAAGUACCCUAGACCUGGUCCCUCAUGGCAAACCCCCAUUAUGCCUCCCUGAGUGGCAUGCCUCUUCCCCCCACCUCUUCCACUUCCUCUUCUGACAAACUGGAAACUAUUUCUAACUACGACACCGAGCCUACUCCCUCCUACUUCGAUAAAUCGUACUCGUACGACAAGUACAUGGCGGAGUUCCCACGUGCACCUGGCUCACCCUCCAACUCCUCCCAAGUGGAGCUGCUCAGCCAGUUUGCGGACAGUAACUCCCACCAGAACCUCGAGCAGUUGCAGAGUGCCACAGGGUUUGGUGCUGGGUUGGUGUGUUUGUGCGCGGAGACUCUUGUGGGGUACCCCUUUAUUGUGCUGCGUAGACAGUGUCAGGUAAACAUGUGGUGCAAGGCAGCUGAUCUGUCCCCCUACCUCAUGCUCAAAGCCAUCUACCAAAUACAGAAACGACAGGGAGUGCCCGCUCUGUGGAAAGGGUUCACGUGCCACAUGAUGAUGGAGGGAUUACAACUCACUACUGAUUCCUGUAUAUCCCACGUGACUCAGCUUCCUAAAGAGCUCCCUAGUUUCUCUGAAGGUCUCACUCGGACCAUGGGGUACGUGACCCUGAAGACUGUGUCCACCAUCGCCACCCUACCCAUCCUCUCCGCUGUACUCCUAGACACGGUGCAAUCUGAAAGUGCACGUGCAGAGAGCGCGACCCCCAUGUCAUGUCUCAAGGAUGCUAUUUAUAGAUUUACUGGUAGCGGCUCUUCUUAUCAGUACCGUCUUCUCCUGCCUGUCCAUCAACUAAUCAUACCUACAGUUGUUUAUACACUAACCUGGGAUCUGGUGGGUCACCUAGUCCACUCGUCCGUUUUAAAGCUAUGUAAGAUGCGACAAAACUCCAAACAGUCUGACAAAGACUCCAGAAGACAGCCCAAUAAUAAUAAGCUGACGGAGAGUAUAUGGCCUGAGUUACUAGCCGGAACAGUGCACUGUUUUGUGGCUGACCUCAGUCUUCUUCCCCUGGAACUCAUCAUGAACCGACUCCAUCUACAGGGAACACGUGCAAUAGUAGACAACGUGCUGGACGCCCAAAGUGUGAUCCCCUACCAAGCAAGCUACAACAACGUUCAGCAGUGUGUGGAAGCGCUGGUAGACAGCGAGGGUGUGCCCUCAUUUUGGAAGGGCUGUUCCGCUCUACUGCUCCAAUAUUCCACCAGGUUCGCUGUAGUGCACACUGUUAGAAUCCUGCUCAAGUACAUUAAUAAUUUUAGUGAUAAGCCCAGUUUGGUACCCAAUGAUUCGGCCACGAGUUUGGAAAAGUGAAGACUGUUUUCAUUUUCUUUAUUGUAUUCUUUUUGUUUGCUUUUUUGUGAACGAAAAUAACGAAAGUUUUGCACGAUCAAGUUCUGUUGACUUUGAGAGGAUUUUACAUUCAUGAAAUUCUUGGUUUGAUAAAAAAAUGUUUAACGUAAUGAACUAUAUUUAUAAAUUCUUUUCAUCAUGCGCUAUCAUCAUGCACUUAAAUGGAUUAUACAUAAUACGAAUCUGUCUUUAGAUGUAUAUUAUCAUUGUAUGUAGAUGAAAACUUAUAUUUUAUUUUGAUAAAUAUUAAA